CUUGGCUUAGAGUAAUCCCGCAGACCAUGUGUAGAAGCGGCCGGUGUUUUCACCGGAGAUCUCUGGGAACACUUUGUACGGUGUUUGACUUGUGUGUGUCAGAGGACGGAACUACCAUCUAACACUCUUGCUGACCACAGCAUACACUGGAUAAUUUCUAUAGAAGCCAAUGUAAGAAGCCAGAUGGAGGGGUCAGGAAUUUUGUCCGAGAGGGCAGGUCCCACUUCCCCACCCUCGGGCUUGGAUAUGAGCACCCCAGCGACGGAUACCAAGGCUGUUUUCGAUGGUGAAACUUUACAGAUUGCUUCAGGGAUGAAUAAUUCGGAUAUUUUACAGAUGGAAGAAAACACAAUCAGCGAUAAUAACAAUAACAGUCAGUCUAUAGCAGCAGACGACACAUCCUCGGCAGCAGACGGUAUCCGGACCAGCGAUGGGCGCUCUCUCAGGGCUCGCUCAAGAAGGCGGCUCAUCCCAGAGAAAAUUCGCCACAAACGACAGACGCUGCAAGACAUGGCACGGCCUCUCAAGCAGUGGUUGUACCAGCACAGGGAUAAUCCCUACCCCUCAAAAUCAGAGAAGGUCGCGUUGGCUGCCGGCAGUCACAUGACCUUAAUUCAGGUUUCUAAUUGGUUCGCUAAUGCGAGGCGGCGACUGAAGAACACCGUCCGAGCCCCGAACCUGACGUGGUCAGCCCGGAUAAAGCUGUACAACACGUACGUUGUGGGCAAUGCUGAGCUCUUCAGCGUCUCCUCAGACGACUCAAUAUGGGACUCCGAUGACGAAGGAGGGCAGCCCACUACAUUCCCCAUUGACCAAUCCGCAGUGAUCUCAGAUGACCAUUCGCUCGCCAUGGACACUAUCGUGCCUUCUCGGGCUGCCUCGCCUACGUACAAUUCCGCACUGGAUUUCAGGCAAGAGCCCUUGUCUGUUCCGGAGGACAUAGGGUGUCAUCUCAAGUACAAAAACACUAUUCUUCAAAGGUAUCUGAAUGACCACUACAGCCAUCCUGUGACCUUGGAGGAUGGCGACCUUCCCAGAACACGUGACCGACGGCAGUCAGGAUCCAUGGGGUCACGUGACUACGAGGAGAUGUCCACAUCCUCUGCGUCGUCACCUUUUAACGAUAACCACCAUAAUGUGUUUGAUGAUUUCCCAGAGGAUGGCGAGCUUCCUGCCAAGAAACGACGCACAACAGGCGACAACAGAGAGGACAAGGACAUGUACUGGAAGACGAUAGAUGCUGCCCUGGCUCUCACCAACCUGGCCCGCGCGAGUCAGCGGCCAUAGAUGCCGCCGAGGUGGACAAAUGUUGAUGAGUCCUUGGUGUCCUUUCAUUGUUAAGUCUCUCUCCAUGUAUAGCGUUAGUUUUCACAGUCUCACCACAAACACGUUCAUAUUAUCGUACAAAUGGUCAACUGCAUGUAUAUUUUGUGCAUCGUUCAUUCUUAUAUCUAUUUGUUGACACAGUUGAGAACUCCCGAGAUUUCAUGUGAAUUUUUAAAACAAAACUAUCUUGCCUCAGGGGAGAGAACUUGUGAUGGUGCAAAGGGAGCGAACUCAUAUUGUCAGUUGUACGCGCCAUGAUCUGACCGAGUAUAUAUCUUGUUAUGAUGUAUGUAUGUUGCUCUUGUUUCAAGUGAAACGGUGUGGCCUUGUCUAUGGCCAAACUAGGAUAAGUACUGUCCUUUAUUUUUGCGAAGCAAUAAACAAUUACCUCUA